CCUGUGUUUCCGAGCUCUGCCCCCUCCAGCUGGAGACUCGGGUUUAUCUGGAGGCAGAGGGGACUCAUUUGGGAGCUGAGAUCCGGGACGUGAAGGAAGGAGCCGUUGAAACCAAGAGAAGAGAAAGGGUUUAGGAGCUACGAAGGGACAGAGCCUGGAGACCAUGGCUGGAUUCUCAGCUCUGGGGCUGCUCUUUCUUUUUCAGCUAUUAGCCACAUCCUCAGCUCAGAGAGCAGGACCACGAGGCCCUCCUGGACCAAAAGGACUCCCUGGAUCACCUGGCAAGGACGGCAUCGAUGGAGAACCUGGCCCACCUGGCUUGCCUGGCCCAACAGGACCUAAAGGUGCACCAGGGAAGCCUGGAAAGCGUGGAGAUGCUGGGUUACCUGGCCUUCCUGGAGUGGAUGGUUUAACAGGAGCUGAUGGCCCACCUGGCUCAAAUGGGCCACCAGGAGACAGAGGCGCUUUGGGACCUGCCGGGCCCCCUGGAUCGGCUGCCAGAGGAUUGCCAGGACCUCCAGGGCCUCCAGGACCCAGUGGACUCCCAGGUGGAAAUGGAUUUCAGGGGUCCCCUGGACCAUCUGGUCUUCCAGGACUCCCGGGACCAGCAGGGCCACCAGGACCUCCGGGGCUGCCCGGGGCUCUUCCGGAUGGUGGUGGAGACCUUCAGUGCCCAGCUCUGUGCCCCCCAGGGCCACCCGGUCCCCCAGGGAUGCCAGGAUUCAAGGGGCAUACCGGUCACAAAGGGGAGCCUGGAGAAAUGGGGAAAGAUGGUGAAAAGGGAUCUCCUGGCCCUCCAGGUCCUCCAGGUAUUCCAGGCACCGUUGGCCUGCAGGGGCCAAGAGGGCUAAGAGGCCUCGCAGGGCCAGUGGGUCCAGUUGGGGACAGAGGAGAUAUUGGUUUCCGGGGGCCACCAGGAGUGCCAGGACCUCCAGGGAAAGCCGGAGACCGAGGAGUAAGAGGGCCUCAAGGAUUUCGAGGGCCUAAAGGGGAUACUGGUAGACCUGGACCAAAAGGAACGUCAGGAACCCAGGGGCCCAUAGGAGAACCUGGUAUACCUGGGAAAGAUGGUCGAGAUGGAAGUCCCGGACUCGAUGGUGAGAAGGGGGAUACUGCCCGCAUGGGAGUGCCGGGAGAGAAGGGGCCAAAUGGACUUCCCGGAUUACCUGGAAAAGCAGGUAUCAAAGGCGCAAAGGGUGAACCAGGUAGCCCUGGAGAAAUGGGAGAGGCAGGUCCGUCUGGCGAGCCAGGUAUCCCUGGUGAUCCCGGUAUCCCCGGAGAGAGAGGCGAGUCUGGACCGCGAGGAUCAUCUGGAGCACUUGGCCUUCAAGGCCCAAUGGGAGCCCCAGGUAUCAGAGGCUUUCAGGGACCCAAAGGUGCCAGCGGGGAACCUGGACUUCCUGGCCCGACUGGGAUCCGUGGCGAGUCUGGCGAGAGGGGUGCUACCGGAGUUUCUGGCCCCAAAGGGAACCAGGGCAUUGCGGGAGCGGAUGGCCUGCCUGGUGACAAAGGAGAACUGGGUCCUUUUGGUCCCCCAGGGCAAAAAGGAGAGGCAGGUGAAAGAGGGGAGCUGGGUCCUAAAGGUAUUCAAGGACCCAAUGGAACUGCCGGCGUGCCAGGGAUCCCAGGCCAUCCAGGACCUAUCGGCCACCAGGGAGAGCAAGGUGUCCCCGGCAUCGUAGGAAAACACGGCUCUCCUGGAAAAGAAGCCAGCGAGCAACAUAUAAGAGAGCUCUGUUCGGAAAUGAUAAACGAACAAAUUGCACAGUUAGCUGCUAAUCUGAGAAAGCCUUUGGCUCCUGGGAUGAUGGGUCGGCCUGGCCCUGCCGGUCCCCCAGGCCCUCCUGGGUCAACAGGAACUGUUGGUCAUCCCGGUGCUCGUGGUCCGCCUGGAUUUAGAGGGCCAACAGGAGAACUUGGAGAUCCUGGCCCCAGGGGUGACCCUGGUGACAGGGGAGACAAAGGAGCUACUGGCCAAGGCAUUGAUGGGCCUGAUGGAGAUCAAGGACUUCAAGGACCACCCGGUGUUUCAGGAAUCAGUAAAGAUGGUCGGGAUGGUGCUCAAGGAGACCCCGGUCUCCCAGGGGAUCCUGGAGUGCCUGGUGCAACUGGGGCUCAGGGGACUCCAGGAAUAUGCGAUACGUCAGCCUGCAUGGGAGCUGUUGGAGCGUCGACUUCCAAAAAGUCAUAAACCAGCAUUGAAAGAAGUGGAGAAGUGACUGAAUAUUUAAGUAACCAGUGCAUUGUAUGAAGCCAGAGAGGAGCCUCCUAGUGAUAAACGGACAGAGGUUCCUUCUAGUAAAAUGAAUAAAGUGGAGACUUUGCCACAGUAUUUCAGUUCUGUGAAAAAAAAAGAAAGCAUCACGUGAAAAUCUUUACUAGAAAGGUAUUAAAGAAGUAUUUCCCCCAAUUAUUAUCUAGAAUGUUUAUGGCAAAACCACCUCACCUUCCCUGUCCCCCUUUGUUGGACAGACCUGCAGGAGAAAGCGCUGUUCCUUUUACCAUCCGCUCCCUCAUUGUACUAA